AUGCUAUCUAAGCUUCCAAUGCUAAAAAUAAGAGUUAUGCUGACUCCCCCCCCCUUUAAAUUGAAACAAAAUAUAGGUAAAAUUCCUACUUUUUUGGGAAAUUACCCACCCCCCCUUUAAAUUGAAACAAAAUUUUAUUAUAAUAGAAAAUUUUAUAGGUAAAAAAUCAUUAUUUUAUAUGUAAAUACGUUAAUACCCUAUUUAAUAUGCUUCAAACAUAUAAGAUUUAGAAAUUAAACUCUAUUUUGUCCAAUUGUUAUGGGGAGAGUUAGAAGAAUACCAUUUCAGCAAGUUUACACUUUGAGAUUGAGAAAUUUAUGAAUUAAUUUUUCAUGAAAUUAAAAUUAAAAAUCAAACACAGAAUGAACCAUAAAAUUUUAUCUCUGAAAAAAUUUUUAUAUAUAAAUUUUUUUAUAAAAAAAUUUUCUUAACCCCCCUUUAAAUUGAAACAAAAUUUUUUGUUUCAAUUUAAAGGGGGGGAGGGAGUGAAUAAAAGUCAAGUGGAGAAAGCUCCUAUUUGAAAAAAUAUAAGGAUUUAUAAAUAUUUACCUUGGGACAUUCGAUUGAACGGAAGCAAAAUGACUUACAGAAUCAUAGAUUUUUUUUAUCAGCCCAAUUGAUAUAAACUGCAAAAAAUCAAGCAAAAUGAUAAGAAUACGAUAUAA